CAUACUAAUCGAACGUGUCACAGUUUCAAUUUUGCAAUGUUUUUCAACACUUUUGUUUUCCAUUUAUCACGGUUAAUAACAAGGCACAGCGUUUUUCCUUAGGGUGUCAAGUAGAGUCGUAUAAUGAGCCUUGAGAGGAUUCAUUAAACAUUAAACGAUGCCAAAAGAAAUUUAUACUCGAUGUCACGGUGAUGAAUUUCAGAUCACUUCGCAGUAACACUCAAAGGUCUUCAACAUCUUCCAUGGCGUUUUUGGUGUGUAUUCUGUGCCUCGUGCUCCUUCCAUUCCAAGCAUUCUGUGAUGGCCAACAAGCUGAAAUGAGCACUUUGAGGAAGAAUCUUUCCAAGAAUCUCUUCGACAACUACAGGAAAGACUUUUUACCGCGGCUCAAUGAAUCAGAGCAAGUUAAAGUGUCUUUCGAUUUCGAACUCAUCACCAUCAAAGAAGUGAAUGCAAAGGAGCAGACAAUCACAGUUUAUGGUUGGGUUCGACAGAAAUGGUACAAUCCGUUUCUCAAAUGGAAUCCUUCGGAGUAUGGCGGCAUCGAAACCAUCCACACGAGCGCCGAGACGGUCUGGGUACCAGACAUACUCAUGUACAACAAUGUUGACCUUCAAGACCGUAUCGGUGGUGGACCAACAACAUUCAAAACUAAAGUCAUCAUGCGAUCAAACGGGCAAAACGAUUGGACAAGCCCCGCCCUGUUCAAAUCCGUCUGCGCUUUAGAUGUCACCUACUUCCCUUUUGACAUGCAAACGUGUUCGCUCAAGUUCGGCUCUUGGGCUUCAAGCAGCAAGGAUAUACGCAUGUGCCCAGAAAACAUGACUGGGAUAUCCAGUCAGUACGUGAACAAUGGCGAAUGGGAGAUCAUCGAGGUCACGUCUAAACGAAACGUUGUCCAGUACCGUUACGAGGCUUUUGAUGACGUCACGGUCACCGUAGUGAUUGGACGCGUGUAUUUCGUGUACUGUGUUAACUUGAUCGUCCCGUGCUUUCUCAUUUCCACCAUGAUAUUCCUGGGUUUUAUUCUCCCUCCAGAGUGCGGAGAGAGGAUUGGACUGAGCAUCACUGUGCUGCUUGCCAUGACAGUUUUCCAGCAGCUCACGUCGAAUAUUUUCCCUUCGUUUGAUUUCCCGCUCCUCGGUCAGUACUAUUUUGCCACCAGCGUCGAAAUCAGUAUUUCACUUCUCGCAACGACCGUGGUUUUGAACUUUACCGCGGGCAAAAACAAGAAAAUGCCACGCUGGAUGAGAAAGUUGUUACUGGAGUGGACGGCUCGUGUUGUGCUUCUGAGGAAAACCGUCGAAAAAAGCUGUCCAAAACCUAAACACAAGAAAUGCAUACGAAGAGGAAGCAAACGCGUAACGGAGUACAAAGGCAACCAGACAUCCAGGCGAAAUGCAGCCUUCGCGGCUAUAGACGAAACCACCCCUGGGAAUCUCGAGAGAAAGGACGAUGGACUUGUCGCUGAACUCAAAAACGUGUUCAUAAUAUCGAAAAAUCUUGACUACGCAGGCCUGCGUUACGCAAACUCGGUCCAGACCACAAACUUGAAUGGACACAACACUAAUGGUGAUGACGUCAUGCUUAACAACCUCGAAUCUGACGGAAUAAGGGACAGCGAAAGUACUGUGCCCUUUACUGGGGUCCUGGAUGAAAAUGGUGAGGAACUGGCAGAAUACGAGUUAACCUUACGUCAUUGGGAGUGGAUCAUGGCCGCCAGGGUCCUGGAUCGAGCCUUGCUUUGGGUCUCUAUAAUAUGUGGCAUAGUGACAUUCCUUGCUAUUUUUUUGAAGGCGCCUCGCUUUCAGAAAAUACUCUUCCGGUCAUGAGGAAUUGUGCCAAGCUGUCUUAAAAAUAGGUUGUGAUGUCAUAGAGUCUGUAGUACGUCAAUCCUCUUGUGCAGCUUUGAUUGACAGCAAUGCAAAUCGACCCCAAGAUGACAUCAAAAUAUUAAGAGCUACAAAAAACGUAUUGGAACUUGGUUUUUUGAGCUACAAAAAACGUAUUGGAACUUGGUUUUUUCAGCUACAAAAAACGUAUUGGAACUUGGUUUUUGAGCGUAAAAAAAUUCGAUUACAAGAACCAAAUGGAGAUUUUACAAACUGUAAUUUUACAUUUGAUUUUCACUCCGAUGAAACAAUCAAAUGGUUCGUUUGCUAUGCUUUCUAAACUCAUCUUUUUAAGAA